AUGUCAUCAAAAGCGAGUGCUGCAACAACAACAACUCCUAACCAUCAGCCAGUUAGUGGCCAACCUCCAUCCAUCUCUUCACUCUCGUCCAACACUCCUUUCAGAACCUCCAUCCGAGAAUUAUCUUCGACAGGAACACCAUGCUCUCCUCGAAACUAUAACAACAAUAACCCUCAGCAACCACUAACUCCAAAACAUCAACUUGUUUCAUUUCCAGCAUCAUCCACUCCUACAACUCCAACCUCCACUCAAACCCAUUCGAAUAGGACUACUCUGAACUCAUUGGCAAUGACUCAAACGGAUCAAGGAAAUCCACACGAGUCGUCAUCAUCAUGCUCGAAUUGGACUGUAUCUAAAUCCAAUUAUUAUUAUUACCAUCAUUCCUCUUCGGAACCACCUUUCAUAUUGAGAGCCAAUUCAUCUUCAGCUCUACCUCGAAGAAAUCGCAAAGAUCAUCACACAAGAACAACAGAAUCCAAUCAUGAAUUGUACAAGGAUAUUAGCACUGGUAGUAGUAGUACCACUAAUGGCAUACCAUCAUCCUUAUUGAGUCAACAACGAGAAAGUAUUUCUAGUACUCUCAGUGCCACGAGUGAUGCUAGUAGUACUACUACUACUGGUAGUGGAGUUGGUUCUGGUUCUGGUUAUGGUUAUGGUGCUGUUCAAGAUUUGGACCUUCAUUUAUCGACCACUCCUCCUCCUCCUUUGUGUUCUCUCCAAACAAGCAUGACAGAAGAACUUUCCAUUCAUCAUCGUCAUCCUUGUCAUCAUCAUCAUUAUCAGCACAAAUCACAUCAUCAACAUGAGAAAAUGUUCACUUUCACUCCAUCUCCCUCAAAAGAAAUUCCUUCUCCUCUUUCUUCCACGUUACCACCAUAUAAACGAAAAAGAUCGAAUCUUCGAUGUAAAACCACAGAUGAUAUUCGAAAUAUAUAUCGAGCGAACAGUUUGAGUCCAAAUUUAAUUUCACACAACAAACAUUCGUAUGCAGUUCGAGAUAAAUCAAGAACUUUAUUAUGGUUAAAUAGAGAUAAAUAUGAAAUGAUACAUUUAAAUUCACCUGGAUCUCCAAUUGGAAAUACUACUACUACUACUAAUAGUGGUAGUAAUGGUAGUAGUAAUGGCACUGGUGGUACUGGUAGUGUUGGUGGUUCUGGCGGCGGUGGCGGCAUUCAACUUUUACUUCAAAGUCCAAGUUUUAAAUUGCGAGCAUCUCAAGGCAAUCAUGCAAGUGGUUUAAAGUUGAUGGAUCAUGCAGCAACAAGUGUUGAUUUAUCUUCAAAUGGAGGAAUGAAAAGUUCUUCAGAUUCACCUACACUUGACACUUCUACAAAUAUCCAUUUAUUGGGAUUGGAUGAUGAAGAGGAAGAUGAAGAAAUGAAAAUGGAACGAAAAAAGAAUAUUCCAACUAGUUUUUCAGACGUGACUGAAGAGUUACAUUAUUAUAUUAAGAAUAAUCUUCUCGAUGAAUUUAAAAGUACUUUGGAAAAGGAAAAAAUUGACAAGGAAAAUUCUGGAAAGACAGCAUCUUUCAAUGUGAGUGCACAAUAUCUUGACAAGGAUGCAAAUAAUUCGUCACUGCUGCACAAGGCUGCCUCUUUGAAUCGAUUCAAAUUUAUGAGUGUGUUAAUUGAUGAUUACAGAGCUUCCAUUGAAAAGAAAGACAUUGCCGGUUCGACACCACUGUUUUAUGCAGUUGCUAAUAAUUGCAUUCGAGCUUGUUUUUACUUGUUAAAUAAGGGAUGCUCAGUGAAUAUUAGAGAUAAUUUUGAAAAUACUCCACUCUCGGUUGCUCUUCGAAAAGGAUAUAUGGAUGUCGCAAAAACUUUAAUAUUAUUUGGCGCCGAUGUCAAUUACAAGACACAAAAAGGCCAAACCUGUCUUCACAUGUGCUGUGAAGAAGGAGAUUUAUCCAAAGUUGAAUUUCUCUUAGAGAGAGGAGCAAGUUUCAUGAGAAUGAAUCGAGAGGAUCAACAUUGUUUAUUCCAAGCUGCUCCUCAUCCUCAUAUUAUUGAAUAUUUAUGUCGCUAUUUAUUAUCCAUUGAAGAAGAGAGUGUUUUUAACAGUCCAACUCCUUCUCCUACUUGCAUUGUUCCAGUUAAGGGUAAAAAUUUAGAAAUUGAAGAACAAAACAAACAAGACAAACAAAUCUUUGAAAAUAUGGAAGAUGCACUCUCCACAACUACGAGUAGUAGAGAUGCAACCACGAAACCAACAUUUUCAAAAUUAAUUGUGAAAAUGUCUGGAGCUGGAAAUACCAUCAUUCAUCAUUGUGCUUCUUUUGGAUAUUUAACAUCACUCAAAAUUCUUGUCAAUUACAUGAAUUAUGAAACAAUUGUGGAAUGUUUGAAUACCAAAGAUAAAAAGAAUGGAGAUACUCCAUUGCAUGUCUGUGUGAGGAAAGGACAUCAAGACAUUGCACUAUUGUUGGCACGUGCACGAGAAGUAGAUGUCGAUGCUCAAAAUGAUUCUGGGGAUACUGCUCUUCAUAUUGCCAUUACUCAACAAAAUCAAGAAAUUGUGACCAUCCUAGUAGCAGCAAAUUGCAGUGUGAAUAUUAAGAAUAAUCAAAAAUUGACAGCGAAACAAUUAGCAAAGAAAAAUAACAUGAGUUUGAAAGUAGAAGAGGACAAAACAUUGAAGAGUUUAAAGACUCAACAAGCAUUAGGAUUUUUCCAGAAAAUGAAAAUCAAAUUCAAGAAAGAAAGUAAUUUGACACUUGAAGAGAAAGCUGCAAAGAGACACACAAGUGCAUUUACAGGAUCCAACACAAGACUCUCUACGAAAGAUGUCAGACGAAUCAGUCGAGGAUCAAGCAACAUGAGCAAGACAGUAUCACAAGAUGAAAUUGAAGACAUGAUCAAAAAACAAGCGUAUCUGAAAUGGACUUCCAAAUUGGAGUUUGAUCCUGAAAUGAACGAAUAUCACAAAGAGCUAUUCUAUCAAGUCAACAAACUUUACUAUUAUUGGGUUGCUGAUCAACACUCAAUCCAGAUACAAAUUUGCCUCAGUGAUUUGCUCGAAAAGACCCGAAAAUUCUUUUCCAAGCAAGACCAGUACAUGCAAGAAAAUCAUUACUCGGCGUUGGCAGCUCACAAACAAGACCAUGACAUGUUCCUUAACAAGAUUGAAUCUACCCUAAACAAGCUCAACACGCUCGAUUUCAGUUUGGAUGAGGAUUUAUUUUCACAAAUAUCCACAACGUUGCUCAACCACGUUUUGAAACAUGAUAUGGCACUCUCCGUGUUCUCAAAAAAAAAGAAAUAA